ACUUUUAAGCUCAAUUUUAGACAGAGUUGAUUAAAGUUACUUGAAAUUAUGACAGAGGAAGCCGGCAUUCCAGGUUCUGGUAUUUUCCUACAAAAUGUAUCUGUAUUAGCCAGAAAUUAUUCUAAUAAUUUCUAUUAUAGUGGAAGAGUUGUAAAUCAGAUAAAUGCAGAAAAUUUUCUUGUUGAGUUGGAUGUUGAAAGCACAAGAGAAAAGGAUAAAAAUGAAUUCCAAGAAACUCAUAUCAUUGAUCUUAUAUCUCUGAAUGAUGGUAAACGUCAUCCCCUAGCAACUCUCGAUAAAGUUCUUGCACCGGAAAAUUCCGUAAACGGCAGGUAUAUUCCUGCUGAAAUAAUUUCUAUCGAUAGUGAGGAGAGUGGCUCUGCAGAUGAAAUUGAAAUAAGACUCGCAAAUGAUCAAAAGCAACGUGUUCCUCGAUCAAACGUUGUCUGGAUCUCCGAAAACCUAUAUGAUCGAUUAAAGUUUGUUUGCUCUAAAGGAGAAUGCCCAGAGAUUAGAGGUACUUUGAAAAGUACAACAGAAACUUAUCUUUUCGAGAACAUCAAUGAAAAAAAUGUAGUAUUCUGUAUAAAUACUAGUGCAUCAAUGUUCGAUUGUUUGGAAGAAGUCAAAGAUCAACUUAUUGCAACUUUAGAGGAACGAGCCAGAAGUGAUCAACCCGGAAUGUUCAAUAUAAUUGAAUUCAGCGGACAGGCCACUGCGUGGGCUGAUAAAUGCGUUCUUUGCAACUUGGACACUGUAAAAAUAGCUUCAGAAUGGUUAAGAAAUGUUCAACCUAAAACGACUUCAAACGUGUUAGACGCUAUUCUAACUGCUCUGGGUGAUAACGAGUGCGAUUGCGUGUGUCUUGUCACGGACUCUUUACCCGAUGAUCAUCCAGAAGACACCCUUGAUCACGUGAUACCUGCUACCAAUGGCCGACCAGUUCAUUGCUAUUUCCUGGAAAAAGGGGAUUGUCCUGAAAAUGCGACAAUUACUAAUUUCCUUAGUCAACUGGCAUCUGAAAGCUAUGGAACUCUCAACCUUGUUACAACAAGCUGCCAUAAACAUUUGGAACAACUGACAACUGUAUGUUCGCCGGGUACUUCAACUGUUAUUUCAUCAGAUCGACAAGUUCAUCACUUACAAAAUAGAUUAUGCUCAAUAUCCACAAACUUAGAAGAAUAUCCCGAACAGAUUAUCGUCCAACCACCACCAAAGAAAUCAAUUUCACAUCUAAAUGUCCCAAGUUGCUAUUAUUCUAACAACCCACCAUCUGGAUGGGUAAAAUAUACUCCUCCUUAUCAUUGGACAUCUACUAGAGAGAGAAUCGUCGAUGUAGCUGGAGAGGUUGGUUCUGCCGAAGACGCUGGAAGAAUGAUUGUUGGAUCAAAAGUUUUAGCAAGAAAACAUGAUGAUGGAUAUUUCUAUUUCGGAAAUGUAAAAUCUCAUCUAUUAGACGAUAAAUUUUUAGUCGAGUUCGCAUCAAAGAAACCCCGUCAAAGUUCUUCCACCUUUCAAGAAACUCUAAUCUAUGAUAUAGUAUCAAUUGAAGACGCCAGACGACAUCCUAUAGCUCCCUCUGAUCAUGUUUUGGCACCAAUCGAUGGAAAAGGUAAAUAUGGUCCAGGUAUAGUGCUAACAGGAAGCGAGAAAACUGAUCUUAUAAGUGGUCCACUAAUCGUAAAGUUUGUUAAUGGUCAGACAUGUGAAAUAAGUUCUGGUUUAUCAGUUUGGAUUCCUGGCCCGUUUUAUGAUAGAAUUUCUUUUGAAUUGAAUUUACCCAAAUCUCUAAGAAGUUCACCAGCAAACCCACCAAAUCCACCUGCUUAUCGAGAUGACUUUGACCGAUACAGGUCAAUAACAGUUGAGAAAAACGAUGGUAGAAAAGUUCGAGGCUUAUAUAGACACAACGCAUAUAUCCCAAUGCAUGAAGUUGCUUCGGCCUCAGAAGAGACUAAAAAUCCUGAUGGCCUAAUACCAGGAACUGAUAUGACUUUAUCUCAGCUCAAUUCUCUCGUUUCAGCACAAAUCACUGAGAAUAAACAUUACUUGGAAAAUGGUACAAGAUCAAGACUUUUGCAUAGAAGAGAAGCUAGACCGAAUAGCUCUCUAAAGAAAUCUGUAACAUUUGACAGCGUCACAGACAGUGGAAGAGGGUCUGCAUCUGACAACAAUCUCGUAUCGGAUGUAGAAGAUAAUGAACUGGAUUUACUUGAUCUAGAGCUUGAAGUGGAGAGAGAAAACAAGGAAAAGGAAAAGGAAAAGGAAAUAGAAAUUGAGAAGGUCAGACAAAAACUUUCUGAAGACGUUGACAGAGAAAGAAGCCCAUCCCCAUCUUCGAAAGUGAGACGUUGUCAUAGAGUUUCCAGACCUCGUUGGAAGUAUUGGAAAAAUGAGCCUGCACCCUCUUUAACGAACCCCUACACUUUCUCAUCUGGAUAUAGGCCUUUUCGGGAAACUUUGCUUCAGGCUCCUCUCGAGGCAAGAGACCACAGUUUAAGACGCAGUGGCGCUUGGACCGAUUCAGUUUAUCAAUCAGUCCAAAAUUCUGGACCGUCUGUUAAGGAUUCCAUGGGAUAUAAGUGCGACCAAGUUCAACAUAUUCCACAACCGCCAACAACUAUUCGAUAUGUUCGAUCGUCUGUACCUCCAGAUCAUUACGAACCAACAGCGGAAGAGAAGAAACAAGAAUACAGACAAGAAUUUAAGAGGCAACAGGUCGCUAGAAGAGCUGCAGCCGAAGAAGGGGCUAAGUUGGAAUUUGCAAGAAGAAAAGCGAUUGGAGAGCAGAAUCAAAGACGUCAAAUUAUGGAACGUUUAGACAAAGAGAAAGAAAAGCGAGUAGAAAUGGAAAAACAAAUUGAGCAACAAACUAUUCAUAAAAGGAGAGUUGUGUUCGAAAUACGCUCAAAGUAUGAAACGAUGAACGUUGAGGACAAUAAUAGAAAGAAAAAGAGGCUAAUGGCGAUGAGAAUACGUCGAGAAGAGAGAGAGAUGGCUGAUAUCGAAAAACAACAAGAGCAGACGCAGAUAAUGAACAAAAGACAGGAAUGUAGACAACAGAGAGUUCAAGAAAGGAACAUGAUGAUUUCAGAACGUCUAGCAGAAGAGGAGCAUCAAACCCUGCAGCAAGAUAGAAACAAACGCCAAGCGAAAUUGCAAAGAAUAGAACAUUUUAGGCAACUUGAGAAACAGGGUCAGGAAUUAAAGGAUAGACGGAUCCAGUCAGCUCAACAACAACUGGCCAUUCAAAGGUCCAGAAUCUUUCCAUAAGAAAAGAGACAAAUAAUUUUAUAUUUAUUCAUCUAUCUCGUACGAUGUCUUAGAAUACUCACAAACAAUUGUCUAUUACGUCAGUAUAAACAGCAGCAAAGUCUCAAAAGAUAUAACUAUAUAUUUAUAUAAUAGUAGUUAAAAUUUCAAACAACCAACUUUUGAAUUUUUUUUGCUAAUUAACAAAAAAACAUACGAAAGAAUUUUCUUUAGAAGAUCUAUCAGUGUCGUUCCUUAUAAUCUUAAAUUUGUCGUUUCUUCCUAGAAAGAAAAAUUCUAAUUUAUUUAUUAAACUGUUUAAUAAACUAAUAAAUUUAG